CAGUUUCUCUCAUACCUAAGAUCUCCUUUCCUCUUCUAGAGCGAGAUCUCUCUUCCCUUUUCUAGAGAGAGAAAGCUCAGAGCUGCGUCAAUGGCGUUCAUAUCUUUUCUCGGCCGUGUUCUCUUCGUCUCCGUCUUCGUUCUCUCUGCUUGGCAAGAGUACAAUGAUUUUGGCAAUGAUGGAGGUUCUACAGCAAAAGCACUUGUGCCCAAGUUCAGUGUGUUCACAAACCAUGUCACAACACAUACUGGUUUCCAAGUGCCUGAAUUUGAGAUCAAACUCUUGGUUGCUGGAGCAAUAGUCUUGAAGGGUAUUGGAAGCUUGCUUUUCAUCUUUAGCAGUAAAAUCGGUGCUUUUCUUCUGAUUUUGCACCAGCUGAUUAUUACUCCCAUUUUAUAUGAUUUCUACAACUAUGACAUGGAGAAGAAAGAAUUUGCUCAACUUUUUAUCAAAUUUACACAGAAUUUGGCGCUUUUGGGGGCACUCAUGUUUUUCAUUGGAAUGAAGAGCUCUUCCAUUCCAAGGAGAACAAUGAUCAAGAAGAAGGGUUCCAAAACAAAGACUGUUUGAGUUUAAGAGGACAUAGUUUUGUGUUGUUAAUUAAAGUGGUAGUUGAUGCAACUUUGUACUGUUUAAUAUUGUUUGUUUUGUUUUUGGUUCAUCUUUGUAAUGUUUAAGGAAUCAUGGAUAUUCUGAUUUGUCUUUUAAUAGAUUCAAAUGAUUUUCUUA